GUCCACAUUCAUUUGACAGAAUGGCUUUGUUUAUCCUCACAGUCACUAUUAAAAGCCGAAAACAUGUCAUUUUAGGAUAUCUUGCUCGUGACAAUGUCAUGCCUAUCUAAUUUGCAUUUGAUUGAAGUAUUUUUCUAAUUUACACAAAGUAGUAAAUUGUCCCCCCAAGGCCUACUUUCUGAGGCGGGAAUUCAAAUUGGCGGUUUUAUGUUCUCAUGUGGGCAGUUGAGUACGAUAUAGGUUUAGAAGAAAGUUUGACUGGAGAUGAGUUGUCAUUACUCAAUGAGUUUUAUGGAAGAAUGCUCAGUUGUCCUCUUAAUAUAUGCCGGUCGAAACGCUAUUUAGUUCGUUGGCUGCGCGCUCGCAGUUGGGAUGUUGAUGAAGCAGAAAAAAUGCUGUAUACUCAUAUAGAAUGGAGAGAUGUUCACAAAGUCGACACAUUACUUGAUUGGUAUGAAGUUCCAGACGUUAUACAAAAAUACUUUCCCGGAGGAUUUUGUGGUGAAGAUAAGGAAGGUUGUCCAUUGUACUGUGCUCCUGUCGGUCGAUUCGACCCGAGUGGUUUUAUGAAAGCCACUACACAUGCAGAGUUCAUUCAGAGUAGAAUUUAUUUUUUGGAAUAUAUCUUACAAAGAGUUUUAUAUGAGAAAUCAAAAGAACAUAACCGAUGUAUUGACCAACUGACACUUAUAUUAGACAUGAAACAUCUAAGUUUAAAACAUAUGCAUCCGUCUUGGAUUCCUGUUUUUUCUGAAUUGAUGACGAUAAUGGAAGCAAAUUAUCCUGAGGUUCUACGCAUUUGCUAUGUGAUUAAUGCUCCACCAAUAUUUGGAACUAUAUUCAGCUUCAUCAAACCUUUAUUAAGUAAACUUACACAAGAAAAAAUUCAUGUAUUAAAAUCGGACUACCGACCUACUUUAUUGAAAGUAAUCGACCCAAGUAAAUUACCAGCCUGUUAUGGUGGCAAAAUAACUGACCCUGAUGGUGAUCCUCAGUGUCCUUCAAGAAUAUCAUGGGCCGGUCCUGUUCCUGCCUCUCUGUUUCGUAAAAAGCUAUCAGACGAUAAGCCAUCUGUAUUUAAACAGUCUGGAAUAUCUGAAGAAGUGAAACGUUUUACAGAUUGUGGUCGAGAUUUGACCAUGGUUGAAGUUGGUCCUGCUUCACGUAAAGAUAUUUCUAUUGGAACGGUUGCUGAAGGUGGUGAAAUUAAAUGGUGGAUUUCAUGCGAAACACAUGACAUUGCAGUUGGUUUGUUAAUGAAAAAUUGUACCUCAAAUAAUGAAGAAAUUACAAGUGACUCAAACACAACUCAAGAAACAUAUAUCGAAGUGAUCCCGAUGAAACGCAUAUCAUCACAUGAAAAAAUUGUUCAAGGAACUCUCAGUGUUGAAGAAUCAGGUGUAUACUUCCUUGCUUUAGAUAAUACCUACAGUUGGACAAAAUCAAAGCGAUUAUGGUAUCAUUUAAGUGUUACUGGCAGUGCAAAUGAUAAUAAAAAUAAAUAUACAAUACCAAUGUAUUUAUCAACAGAAUCUUUAAAUUUCGAUCAGAAACAACUCAAUGAUACAGCUAUUAGUGACAUGACUGUGAUACCGAUUCCAGAAGAAAAUUAUUAUGCUUGUCGUAUGGAGACUGGUGGAAGUAUGGAUCUAAAUGUUAGUAUUUUAUUCCGAUUUCUUGUACAGAUACUUAUUCUACCAAAAAUUAAACAUCGUCCUAAUUAUUAAGUUGAUGAAGUCAAUAAACAAUUGCAGUCAGAUUAACAUGUAUGGGAUGUAGCGAGAGAAAAAAUCCAGCCUCAUGAAAUGAUCACAACUAAUUGGUCAAGUCAUCGAGCCACUACUAUUUAAAAGUCUUUCAGUAUUCUGUAAUUAUUUAUGUUGUUCAACUUCUGAACAAACAUGUGAAAAAAACAAGGAAAUGAUUCAGUGUGUUUGAUAUUGUUUUCUGAUACACUUGAACUGCUCACUUUUCGAUCUUCCUCUUUUGUAUUAUGUCCUUUCCUAAAUUAAAAAUGAAUAAUCACAUAUCUCUAUUCCUAAAGGGGUGUAUUGUACUAUUAAUAUUCCAUAAUGUAUCUAUAUUUCUUAAAUCAGGGAAACUUUGGUGACAGGUGAAAAAUGAUUGAAACAAUAAAAAAUGGUUUUUGAAAAUAAAAAUUAAAAUGUGCCUUUUCCUUUUCAAGCUUUUGAAUUACAGUGCCUGUUAAACUAUACUUCUAAUUACUGAAAAAAUGCAUCACUGGUACAAGAGCUUUUUACUCUCUUCCAUUCGCUUUUUUUUUUUCUUGUUAAUAUCUGACAGCUGAAGUUUUGUUACUAAAAAAAAAAAUUAUUCAUUCAAUAAUUUCUGUAUUUUGUUUAAUAAUUUUUUUUUCAUUAAAUUUUAUGUGAAUACUUAGUUUAAAGUAAAGUGACUAAUAUGAGUUA